CGACAAACUUUACCUGGGAGAUUGAUCUCAGGCCGGCUGUCGAGAAAUGGGACAGCCACGACGACAACCAAACUACAACAAGGAACGUUCGAGAAGCCCGAAUAUAGCAAAGCAGAUUUGGGUUGGUGGGCCAAUGGUCGUACCAUCGCAUGGAAUGUAAACUUGCAUCUGUUGCAUUCCUUCCCCACAUUCCGACCAGAGUUCCCUUGCUCACAUCUAUCAUUCGCUCAUGUCCACAUCUUCCCGUUCUGUUGAAUGCUGGUUUCGCAUCUUAACCCCAUUAUGAAGCUCAUACUCCCCCUCGUCACCAUUCUUAUUGCCCUCGGCUCUGCUCACCCAGGGAAGAAAAAGAAGCCAGCGCCACAUACCUGGGACUUCAAGUUUGAAUACCUAAAGGCUAAAAACACUCUCCACUACCUCCAAUUAUCGCAACGGGCCGAAAGCCUCAAGCCCAAAGUGCAGAAACGCGACGCACAGUUGGAUCCGAUUUUCGAUCUCAACCCGCUAGAUGAGGGUCCUACCUUCCUUCCUCCUCCGUGGUCACCACACUCCGAUCUGGACUCUCCAUAUCCGUUAAGUGGCGUCUCGCCGUGGGACGACAGCGGGCGCUCGGAGAUGCUAGACAACGAACCGAGUGUGCAGAUGUGGAGGACCUGUCCAGAAGGGUUGCUAGAUUGUCGGAAGUGUCCUAGAGACUCGAAAUGUCGACGGCCAAAUCUCCCGUGGUGGAGCCCAGCAAACAUUAUUGACGUCCCUGGUGCCUCUGGGGCGGAUAACUCGAAUAGCAAUAGUGCAGUCUGUCCACUGGAUACAUGCAGUAGCACUUCGUCAUGCGGCAAAAACGCUCGCUGUGUCCGCAAUCACUGUGUUUGCAAGCUGGGAUUUAAGGGCGCUACAAGCCAUGGUUCCGUGGUCCGCGGCUUCGACGACCUCCAAGCAGUCACCGUUUGGGUUGAUAGCGGCGCGGCGUGCGAUGUGCCCUGCGAUACCCUCUCAUGCGCGGAGGUCGAACAGGUAGACUCUUGUUUUGACAACGCGCCAGAGACUGAGGGGGACGAGCUCCCGGGACACGGACUGGAUACGGACGGUAUUCAGGCUGGUGCUAUUCAAGUACCUGGUGCGGUGUUGGAUGAUGGAGGGGACUAUGUGGCGGGUGUUGCUGCAGCUGGGAGUUUUGGGGAGGCGAAUUAAAGAGUGUGAUUUGCGAUAGAAUCUAUGGAGCAUGUGUUUGUCAAUUUGCGCAUUACUGUCAUGAACAUAACUUAUCAAUUAUAUUUACUGUUGUUGACAAAGGCAGCAA